UUGGGCCCCUGUAGCCUAAGAGCACUGAAGGCUAUUCCUGGAGUCUUCAGAAUCCUGAGUCCAGCGAGUCUGGCUGAUCCUAGAACUCAGUAAACUCUGACUUGGGGUGUCCCUUUAGGGGAGGCUACAGGUCCGGGCCCUUGGUGCACGGGUGACACCUCUGUGAAACCACCCCAAUCCGCUCUCCGGGUUUACGUCGGUCCCGGGCGCACACGGGCAGGAGGCCGGGAGCUUGGAGCGGGAGGAGCAGCCCCGGGGCGGGCUGCCAGGGCGAACAAGCGAGCGAGGCGGAGGCGGCGGGUGCAGAGCUGCGGGCGGCGGCGCCCGCGGGUCACUCUCAGGCCGGGCAGCAGCGACAGGGCGCGGGGUGGCGGGGCGCACCAUGCCCACGUUCGAUCAGGCACUGAGGAAGGCGGGCGAGUUCGGGCGCUUCCAGCGGCGCGUGUUCCUGCUGCUGUGCCUAACGGGUGUCACCUUCGCCUUCCUCUUCGUCGGCGUGGUCUUCCUGGGCAGCCAGCCCGACUACUAUUGGUGUCGCGGGCCGCGCGCCACGGCACUGGCCGAGCGCUGCGCCUGGAGCCCCGAAGAGGAGUGGAACCUCACCACGCCGGAGCUCCACGUCCCAGCUGAGCGCCGCGGCCAAGGCCACUGCUACCGCUACCUGCUGGAAGCCACCAAUACCAGCUCAGAGCUCAGCUGCGACCCACUUGCUGCCUUCCCCAACCGUUCUGCGUCUCUGGUGCCCUGCAGCAGUGACUGGCGCUAUGUGGAGACCCACUCCACCAUCGUCAGCCAGUUUGACCUUGUCUGCGGCAAUGCCUGGAUGUUGGACCUCACCCAAGCCAUCCUGAACCUUGGCUUCCUGGCUGGGGCUUUUACCUUGGGCUAUGCAGCGGACAGAUAUGGCAGGCUCAUCAUUUACUUAAUAUCCUGUUUCGGCGUUGGCGUCACAGGAGUCGUGGUGGCAUUUGCGCCAAAUUUUUCUGUGUUUGUGAUCUUCCGCUUCCUGCAAGGGGUGUUUGGAAAGGGAGCCUGGAUGACUUGCUUCGUUAUCGUGACAGAAAUAGUUGGUUCAAAACAAAGGAGGAUUGUGGGAAUCGUGAUCCAGAUGUUCUUCACCCUUGGGAUCAUCAUUCUUCCUGGGAUUGCCUACUUCACCCCCAGCUGGCAGGGCAUCCAACUAGCCAUCUCUCUGCCCAGCUUUCUCUUCCUCCUCUACUACUGGGUGGUCCCUGAGUCUCCCCGUUGGCUGAUCACCCGGAAGCAAGGAGAGAAAGCCUUGCAGAUCCUGAGGCGUGUAGCUAAAUGCAAUGGGAAACACCUCUCAUCAAAUUACUCAGAGAUCACGGUCACGGAUGAAGAAGUCAGUAACCCAUCCUGUUUAGACCUUGUGAGAACUCCCCAAAUGAGGAAAUGCACGCUCAUUCUUAUGUUUGCUUGGUUCACAAGUGCUGUGGUGUAUCAAGGACUUGUCAUGCGCCUGGGACUCAUCGGAGGCAACCUCUACAUAGACUUCUUUAUCUCAGGGCUUGUGGAGCUGCCUGGAGCUCUCUUGAUCCUUCUGACCAUUGAGCGCCUUGGACGACGCCUUCCCUUUGCAGCAAGCAAUAUAGUGGCAGGGGUGUCGUGUCUGGUCACUGCAUUUUUGCCAGAAGGGAUACCAUGGCUGAGGACCACAGUCGCUACCCUGGGAAGAUUAGGGAUAACCAUGGCCUUUGAAAUUGUUUAUUUGGUAAAUUCAGAGUUAUACCCAACGACAUUACGGAACUUUGGGGUUUCACUCUGCUCAGGCUUGUGUGACUUUGGGGGGAUCAUAGCCCCGUUUCUGCUCUUUCGACUGGCGGCUAUAUGGCUAGAACUGCCUCUGAUCAUCUUUGGGAUCCUGGCAUCUGUCUGUGGUGGCCUUGUGAUGCUUUUGCCUGAAACUAAGGGCAUCGCCUUGCCAGAGACAGUGGAAGAUGUAGAAAAGCUUGGCAGUUCACAGCUUCAUCAGUGUGGCAGAAAAAAGAAAACCCAGGUUUCCACUUCUGAUGUCUGAGGCCCCUGUGUUGCCUGGAGGACCAGAGAAGAGCCUGGAAUAUACCUGUGCAGUGGGCUUCACCUCCUCUAGGUGGCGCCCUUCCAAGGAACCAUAAAGAUUCCAGAGUAUUUUAUAAGGUAUAAGAUGAAGAUUUAUCAUGCUACCCAAGCUUCUGGGAACACAUAAUCUUUGACCUGUUUAGCGAAGACCCAGUAGGUACACAGAUUCUGCCUAGGUUCUCUUUCACUGGGAGCAAGUCUCUGACCCAUUGGGUAAGUAGAUAUGAGAAGGCCCCAGUUCUCAGGAAGCAGAAUAAACAAACCAAGCCUGGCACAUGAAUAGAAGUGCACUCCACAGAUCUGAUCAAGACACAGCAGUGAAGAGUGUUCUGAAGAGUCUGAGAACUGCUAUUUCUUCCCUUGAGCUCCGAAUACAUGCCUUCACAGAGCCAACAUGUGCGGAGCCCCUCCCCUUCUGUCUCCUGCAGCAGCUGAGAUUCCAGGCCGCAGGUUAGGCACAGUUCCCUAAACGCAACACACCCGAGGACCUGUCUGUGUUAUGAUGAAGUCAUACUGCGGUCCCCAGGCCCCCCAAUAUUUUACCCCCUCCUUCAGUGGACUGCUCUAAUCACAAAUUCUUUACUGAGGAAGAAAAAAACGUGGCUUUUGAUUUCCUGAGUCUUAGCAUUUGAAAAGUAAAGGGAUAAUUAUGUCAUAUUUGUGAAUUCUGCUCCAGUGGUGCCUGUGGCUCAGAGUCCAAAGCAUAGACUUUUUUCAUUCCAUCUCAGCACUUUUGACUUGUCUUGGGAGAAAAACAAAAAAACAAAACCAAAUACAAAUACAUUUGUUGCCACUUAAUGAUAAAAGUCAAUUGUAUUCAUACUUAAAAGAAUUAGCAGCCAAUUUGAUUUAAGUGAUGUAGGAGAUACUAAUGAGGGACUGGACUUUUUUUUUUUUUUUUAAAUCAAGCCUUCUCAAGCAGAGGCUCGAAUGUAAACGCAGUAUUCUACGUAGUAUGCAGUUCUUGAUAUAUUUUCCGACUCAGUAUGUAUGUUAGGCCUAAUGUGUCUUAAACUUCAAACUCGGUGUGGACAGGCAAAAUUAGCAUCAAAGGGAAAACUUACCAAUAUGGAAAAAACCUAUUACAUAUGUGGAGACCAUAUGUUUGCGACACUAGAGAAGAUGUGUGCGACUGUAAAACAAAGAGUUUAAUCCUGAAGCAUGUGAGAACCGAAUGUGAGGGUUCAGUUUCCAGACAGCCCUUUAGGUAUUCAUCGCCACACCACUCUGCGUGCACGGGCGUUUGUGGCCUGGUUCUCUGUGUGUUUCAUGGCUGUAGCACGGCUCUUUGUCCACUCUGCUGCCUUUGGAUUGCAUUUCAAGUUGGUAGUUCUGUUUCAUAACAAUAAACGAUUUUUAAACUGUU